UAGCUUGAAUUUAUGAGGCAGGUAGCGCGCUAUAAAGAUGCUAUCUAGUCAAUGACAGAGUUAUAAAUUGCCAUAAUAAACUAGAGGCGAAUCGAAAGCAUAAACAGAACAAGUGCUGGAUGUAUGUCCGGUCUGUGGCUAGCUGCGGUCCAUUACGUGCGAGGGCCAGCAAUUAGAAUUGUGGUACGCGUCGAGUUCCACGAAUUCUUGACUAAUGUCAAUGUCAAGGCAGGGAUCGGAACUGGUUUACUUCACGACAGCGAAGCUACACUCUCCCGUUCUCUAUAUAAAGCGAUGCGUGUGCUCCAUAUAUAAGUCAAUAUGAAGCAGUUGGAGCUGAGUUUACUGUGCCUGUGCCUCUGCCUGCUGAUCGGCCCAUUAUGGGCCGCCGACACGCCCACCUGGCAGCUGCCCACUGCCCAGGCUGCGCAGCGCAUUCAACGGAGCUGCCAAAAGAGCUCAGCGGGCCAGCGGGCCAGCCAGCUGAGGUGCCUCGUGGAGCAGCUGGGCCUGUGGACCGACGAGCAGGGCUACAAUGCCAGGCGCAUAGCCAAAAUCUUUGCAGGGCACCAGCAAACCGAGGAGCUAAUGCUGGUCGUGGAGUACUGCAACGACAGAGAGCGCCGGCUGCAGCAGAAGCCCGCACAGUGGGCCUAUGCGGCCUACAAGUGCGCCACGGCUGGCACGCUUGGACAGUGGCUGAGGGAGUACAAGAGGCAAAUGCAGGCAAUCAAAUAAAGAGAAUGCAAAGUUUAUUUUGGCAAAUCAAAUUGUUAAUGUCUGGGUAGUCUGGUCUGGUAGUCUGGGAACUUAGGCCUUGACACUCUGCUGCACCAGCUGCAGAUUGGAGCGCAUGAAGCACAUGCCGCCGCGAUAGGCCCAGGUGCAGGCAUCGCUGCCUUGGGCAUUGUUGUCCGCGCAGUCGGCGAUCUUCUGGUGCACUUCAUCCGCGUGGUCCACGUGGGAGCCGCCGGCGAGCUGCUCAUGGAUCUUGUGCACAUCGAAGCCGUGCGUGGCAUC